GCCGUUUCUGUGAGGAGAACGUCGACGACUGUGUUUCAGACUCAGGAGUACCCCGCUGCUUUAAUGGAGGGCAGUGCAUUGACCAGAUCGGGGGCUACAGCUGUAUUUGUCUCCCAGGCUUUGCAGGCGAGCGAUGUGAGGGAGACAUCAACGAAUGCCUCUCUAAUCCUUGUAACCCUCGUGGAAGUCUGGACUGUGUUCAGCUGAUAAAUGAUUAUACAUGCAUCUGUCGUAGUGCUUUUACUGGUCGUCACUGUGAGAGUGUCAUAGAUGUGUGUCCCCGGAAGCCUUGUCAGAAUGGAGGUACCUGUGCUGUUGCCAGCAAUAUGCCGGAUGGGUUCAUCUGCCAGUGUCCUCCGGGUUAUUCUGGAGCAAAAUGUGAGUUCAGCAGCCACAGUACUUGUGGACAAGUGAAAUGCAAGAAGGGGGAGCAGUGCAUCCAGACAUCUUCUGGUCCACGGUGCUAUUGCCCCAAGCUGUCUGUGGGAGAGGAAUGCCAGACAAACACGGGUUGUGCCCGUGCCCCCUGCCAGAAUGGUGGAAGCUGCCACCCUCAUUCUCAGCCUCCUUACUAUUAUUGUCAGUGCCCUGUUCACACCCAAGGCAGCCAGUGUGAACAGCCGGUAACUUUCAGCCCAGAGCCCCGAGGAUGUUUGGAUUCCCAGUGUGCGGAAAAAGCAAAAGAUGGCUAUUGUGAUGAAGACUGUAACACUCAUGCCUGCCAGUGGGAUGGAGGCGACUGCUCCCUGACAAUGGAAGAUCCUUGGGCCAACUGCUCCUCUUCAUUGCGCUGCUGGAUGCUUUUCAAUGGACAGUGUGAUGAGUUCUGCAACACACCCGAGUGCCUGUUUGACAACUUUGAAUGCCAGCAAAAUAGCAAAACAUGCAAGUAUGACAAGUAUUGUGCAGAUCACUACGCAGAUGGCCGCUGUGACCAGGGCUGUAAUAGUGAGGAGUGUGGCUGGGAUGGUCUGGACUGUGCUGGUGACAAAGCUGAGAAGCUGGCAGAAGGGACCCUAAUCAUUGUGGUCUUGAUGCCCCCUGACGAGUUGCUGGGUGAUGUUCGCAGCUUCUUGCGUACUUUGGGAACUCUCCUGCAUACCAAUCUGAGAAUCAAGCUGGACUCCCAGGGAAACCCCAUGGUAUUCCCAUACUAUGGGGAGAAAUCAGCAGCACGGAGUCGGCGAUCGCUUGUGGUCAUUCGCAAGCACAGAGAACUAGAGCAAGAGGUCAUCGGCACCAGGGUGUUCCUGGAGAUUGACAACCGUCAGUGUGCAGAGGAUUCGGAGCAAUGCUUUCAGAACACAGAAGCUGCUGCAGCUCUUUUAGCUGCUCAGGCCAUCAAGGGCAUGUUACCCUAUCCUUUUGUGUCUGUCCAAAGUGAACCCUUGUUACCACCGAAGACCCAGUUGCUUUACCUACUUGCUGUGGCAGCUUUGAUCAUCCUCUUAAUCCUUCUCUUGGGUGUGAUGAUGGCAAAGCGUAAGCGCAAACAUGGUUCGCUGUGGCUCCCAGAGGGCUUCAUUCUGCGCAGGGAUCCUAGUAAUCAUAAGCGCAGAGAGCCAGUUGGGGAAGAUGCUGUUGGACUCAAAAAUCUGUCAGUCCAGAUACCAGAGGGUAACUUGGCAGAUUCUGGACCAACUGAACACUGGGCAGGUGAUGGUGGACCUCAGCCAAAGAGAGCAAAGGCUGAGGAUCAAGCCUUGCUCCCGGAAGGUGAUGAGCAGAUAGAUCAGCGCCAGUGGACACAGCAGCACUUGGAGGCAGCAGACGUCUGUGGGAGCACAUCACUAGCCCUUACACCACCUCAAGCAGAUCAAGAAGUGGAUGUUCUGGAUGUCAAUGUCAGAGGGCCAGAUGGAUGUACUCCGCUUAUGUUGGCAUCUCUGCGUGCAGGCAGUUCCGAUAUUAGCGAGGAUGAUGAGGAUGCAGAAGAUUCCUCAGCAAAUAUAAUAACAGAUUUGAUCUAUCAAGGCGCCAAUCUGCAGGCCCAAACAGACCGUACUGGGGAGAUGGCACUGCACUUAGCAGCCCGUUAUUCAAGAGCAGAUGCUGCAAAACGUUUGCUGGAUGCUGGUGCAGAUGCUAACGCACGGGACAACAUGGGACGGACUCCUCUGCACGCAGCUGUAGCUGCUGAUGCCCAGGGUGUCUUCCAGAUCCUGAUCCGUAACAGAGUGACAGACUUGGAUGCUCGGAUGAAUGAUGGAACAACCCCGUUAAUUCUGGCUGCACGGCUGGCUGUGGAAGGAAUGGUGGCUGAGCUAAUUAAUUGCCAGGCAGAUGUGAACGCCGUAGAUGACCACGGUAAAUCUGCUCUUCACUGGGCUGCUGCUGUCAACAACGUGGAAGCGACACUAGUGCUGCUGAAAAAUGGAGCCAACAGAGACAUGCAGGAUAACAAGGAAGAGACACCGCUCUUCCUUGCCGCUCGGGAAGGCAGUUUCGAAGCAGCAAAGAUCUUGCUGGACCAUUUUGCCAAUCGAGACAUCACGGACCACAUGGACCGCCUGCCCCGAGAUGUGGCCCAGGACCGGAUGCACCACGACAUAGUGCAGCUUCUCAACGAGUACAAUGUGGCGCACAGCCCUGCUGGGCACCCCGGCGCCAUGCUGAACUCUGCGCUCUCCCCAGUCAUCUGUGGCCCGAAUAGGUCCUUCCUCAAUCUGAAGCAUGCUUCGUUAAGCAAGAAGUCACGAAAACCAAAUGCCAAAGGCAUCAUGCCCACGAACAUCACCAAAGAUGCGAAGAGGAGAAGGAAGAAGUCCCUAAGUGAGAGCAAAGGGCAGUUUUCGGAGAGCUCAGUGACCCUGUCACCAGUUGAUUCCCUAGAAUCGCCCCAUGCUUUUGCAUCCGAACCAACAUCAUCUCCUGUGAUGCCGUCGCCGGGGGUGUUACACUCGUCGCCCAGCUCACUACUGACCACUCCGUCGGUGCAGGCUGCGCACACAAUGUCCUUCUCCAAUCUCCACGAGAUGCAGCCCUUAGGACGUGGAUCCAGCACUGUGCUCCCAUCCGUCAGCCAGCUGCUUUCGCAGCACAGAACCACCCCUCCUAACAGUGGGCUUGGCAGGCUCCGGCCAGCCAACGUUUCCACCGAGUGGAUGAACCGUAUGGAGGUGAACGAGUCCCAGUACAACGAGAUGUUUGGCAUGGUGCCGCAGGUGAUGCAUUCGCACCCCAGUGUUUCUCAGCAGAGCGGUUUGGUUCAAGCAGAUACAAAGCACAUGGGAGUGUCCAGGGAGUCUCUGCCCCCUAUCAUGACUUUCCAGCUGGUUCCCAAGGGUGGCAUAAACCAGCAAGCACUGCCACAGCAGGCCCAGUCAAACUGCGCUCAGAACAUGGCUGGUCCUCUUAGCUCCAUGUACCAGGUACCGGAUUUAGCUCAGCUGCCCAGCGCCUCGUUCUCCAUGGCUGCCAUCCCUCAGCAGGACGGGCAGGUGGCUCAGACGGUCCUCCCGGCCUACCACCAGUUCCAGAGCUCGAUGGGGAAGUACCCCACGCCUCCGUCACAGCACAGCUGCUACUCCUCGGCCACAGAACGGACUCCUAGCCACAACCGGCACUUACAAGGGGAGCACCCAUACCUGACUCCGUCACCCGAAUCUCCAGACCAGUGGUCAAGCUCCUCCCCGCACUCUGCCUCUGACUGGUCUGAUGUGGCAACCAGUCCCAGUAACAAUCAGCGCGGGCCGGCAGCCACUCACAUGACAGAGCAGCAGCGGAACAACAUGCAGGUGUAUGCCUGA